CGUCUAAGUUACGUGACGAUUGGACGUCGGUAUGUCCUAGUGUCACCGCUAGCUUAGCACGUUGAUUUUACAGGUUUUGUUGUAUGCUGUUUUGUUACUCUUAAGAAGUGAAUACUUUUUGUUAAGCAAAAGUAUAGUGAUAAACAACACGCAAUUAGAAUGGGGGCACAUUUGGUCCGGCGAUAUAUAACAGACCCACAAUGUGAACCGGACCCCCUAAAUUUGCCGACCUUUGAUCCCAAGGUGGGGUUCCCAGAUAGGAAGGAGAGAGUGCCAGUAGCAACUCAGCAGCAGAUGAAUGAUGCCCUUUUGAUGAUGAAACAACGAGAUUACUGUGCUCACUAUUUAAUCAAAUUUAUGAAAUGUAAAAGGGACUACUGGCCCAACUUCUUGGCUUGUCAGCAUGAACGACAUGACUGGGACUAUUGUGAACAUCAGGAUUUUGUUAUGCGAAUGAAAGAAUAUGAACGUGAGCGUCGCCUGUUAAAGAGAAAGAGGAGGAUGGAAGAGUUGCAGUCUUCUUAAAAAAAACUUAAAACUGGAACAACAUCAGAAUCUAAAGACAGCUGAAAAAUAGUUGUAUUCUGCUCUCUCGAGAAAUAAAGAUCAUUGUAAAUAUCAAA